AUGGUCCUCAUCGAUGAGGAGGGUGGCAGUGCUCAUGCUCAAAUAUACCCUCCACUCGCUGUCGUUUUCAAGCCCAUGAUAAAGGAGGGCAAUGUCUACAACAUCUCCUAUGUUCAGAUCAGGAAAGCAAAUAGGAUGUACAAGCCUGUUGACAACGAUAUCAUGAUCUGUCACACCCGGUACAUCCUCUGCCUCUCUGUGCCUUCUUGUUGUUUACAACAGUCUGAAUGCCACUUUGGUGUGAGGAGACAGAUGGUGACUGCUGUCUACCUUUAG